AUGCUAAAAAGAACACGAAAGUGGCUGAAGGGAGCUUCUCAGGAUGAAGAUGAUGAUGUCAUUGUUUCUCGUGUGAUUCAUCUGCUUCUUUCUUUGCUGGCGUGUGAUGGACAGCCAUCGGUGUUCAUGAUGUGGAGUGUGACAUUGACGCUGCUAUUGGCAGCUGCCGCCAUGGCUCAGUUCCCUGGAGGUCGUUGGCUCGAAGGUCCACAGGCACAACUCUGUGCACAGAGAAAAAUCCACGAGAAGUUAAACGGAAAAGGGUACUUCUUCUCAUGGAAGGACCCGUCCACGGCUCGCCAAGAAGAGGACUGGCUUGGUGUGCGUAACUGGUGUCGAGCCAGGUGCAUGGACGCUGUUAGUCUGCAGACAUCUGAGGAGAAUGAAUGGAUAAAGAGACAUCUUGUACAAGAUAAGGUGAGGUACAUUUGGACUUCGGGUCGUCUCUGUGACUUCAAGGGAUGUGACCGAGCUGACUUGCAGCCCAAGAGUGUCAACGGAUGGUUCUGGACGUCCGAACUGCAGAAGCUUCCCCCCACCACCAACCGUCUGCAGAACGACUGGAGCGAAUCUGGCGGAAUCGGCCGACCACAGCCUGACAACCGAGAGGAACUUCAGAACGGAGCCGCAGAGAAUUGUCUGGCUCUGCUCAACAACUUCUACGGAGACGGAAUACACUGGCACGACGUCGCGUGUCAUCACCGCAAACCCUUCGUGUGUGAAGAUAACGAGAUGUUGCUACGCUGGAUUGAACACAACAACCCCAACCUCAACCUGCGCUUCUAA